UUUAAAAAUGGGUUCUCUUUCUCUCUCUCUGCUCAAGUUGCGUGUGUGGGAGUGGGAUGGAGGUGUUUAUGUGUGAAAAGUCAGCGUCUUCUCUCUCUUGUUCUUCUUCGUAUAAACCUCCUCAUAUCCUCUUUUGUUUGAGAAUCGAGAAAAGAAAGAAAGGUGUAUCUGUAUAAAGCUACUGUAAUUUAAUUUGCUUUUUCGUGCUUCUUAAUAGCCAUAAUAACUCUCCCCACAAAAACACUCUAAUCCUAUAUAUUCAUAACCCCGUAACGGCGUAACCAACUGAAUUACUCAAUAUCCUUGCAUGCUUCAAUUCUUCACGUCUUCCACAUGACAACAGAAUAGAAGCACUUCGUUCUUCAUUGUUAACGGAGAAGGUGGAAAAAGCAUGUGCAGCAGUAGCGUCAGGGCACCAAUGGAGAAUAAUAAUAAUUACAAGCAUCAGGGUGAUUUAACCGAUAUACUCCGUGGAGGACCAUACGGCGGUGCUGCCACUGCUUCCGAUGAACCGCCCUCUUCAUAUCACUGGCAACAGCAACUUGAAAACGAUACCACCGCCUGCUACUUUGGGGAUCCAUUUUCAACCAUGAGAGAUCCUUUCCUUCACCAGCUCCACAUCCCUCCUACUUCUUCCUCCUCUUACUUCGAAGAACCACCGCUACCACCGCCACCGCUGCCGCCGCCGCCGCCUACCUUGCCUACUCCAUGUUAUAACAGUUAUGGUGGUGCACACCUUCAACAUGACAUGAGAUCUUCCUCCUCCUCUUCUUCUUCCUCUUCUUCUUCAAUUAGCUGCAACAACAUAUUCUCGAACAUGAUUCAGAUCUCUCCCAGCACUAAUAACACUUCUUCUUCUUGUUCCUCUUCGUCUUCUUCAAAAUUAGCCAUCUCUUCCUCUUCUUCUUCUCCUCCUUCUAUGCUCUCAAAUGUUAACGCCAUGGUCAAUGCAACAUCAAUCCCCUCCAACAAGCAAGAUUGCCAUCUUCUCGACAACGCUUCCGCACUUCAGAUCUCAUCUCCGCGCAAUCCCGCUCUUAAGCGCAGGAAGAAUCAGGCGAAAAAGGUGGUGUGUAUUCCUGCACCAGCAGCUGCAAACAGCAGACAAACUGGAGAGGUUGUUCCUUCAGAUUUGUGGGCUUGGAGGAAAUACGGUCAGAAACCUAUCAAAGGUUCACCUUAUCCAAGGGGAUAUUAUAGAUGCAGCAGCUCAAAGGGUUGUUCAGCAAGGAAACAAGUAGAGAGGAGCAGAACAGACCCAAACAUGCUUGUUAUUACUUACACUUCAGAGCAUAAUCAUCCAUGGCCUACUCAGAGAAACGCUCUUGCUGGUUCAACAAGGUCUCAGCCAUCCAAGAACAACACCAAUGCUAAUAUUGCUUCUUCAAAGAAUUCAGAAACCUCAAAGGUUUCUGGUAAUAAUAACAAGCCAAAGGAGGAGAAUAAUAAUCAGCAGCAUGAGAGAGGCAACAACAACAGUCAAGGAGGGAGUGCUUCAGUAGUGAAGGAAGAGAUGGAUCAUCAUCAUCAUAGCAAUCAUGAUCUUGAGCUUGAGUUGGAUAAUGAUGAAGAAUUCAGUGAUGGACUUUCAUACAAGCCAUCAAUGAUUGAAGAGGGUAGUAAUAACAAUAACCAAUCUUCUGAGGAUUUCUUUGCAGAUUUGGGAGAAAUUGAAGCUGAUCCAUUGAACCUGUUGUUCAGUAGUCAUCAAGGUUUCAAUGCAGGUGGUGGUGGUGGUGGUGGUGGUGAUAAUCAAAGGGAAUCCAAGGCCUUAGAUCCAUUCAAUCUCUUUGAUAAUUGGUCUUCAGGAGACACUAAUAACAACAACUCAUCAUUUGAAGAACCUAAUAAUAAGGGAAGGUUAUAACAAAGACCUUCAAAAUCACAUGAAAAAAGCACCCUCUAGUAGUUAAUUACAUUGUGGUGCAAUAUCAUCAUUAUUGAAGGUCAUGUUAUAUAUACACCUCUCUUAUGUUAUGGUUUUCUUUAAACUGAUUCAUUUUUCUAGUACUAGUCAAUUAUGUAUUUAUUAUUUUAUUAUUAUACAAUAAAGUGUAUUUUUUGUUGAAAACGAAAAAAUUGCACUUUAUUAAAUAAAAUAAUGAAUACAUAAUCAUCUUCUAAUUGAUCAUCAGUGUUGUCUUUGAAAUGGGUCAUGCGGCCUAUGGAAGAAGAUUUGAUGAUUUGAGAGAGAGAUUUUCAAACCUUUUUCUUUUCUUGUUAUUUACCAGAACAACAACAGUUACAAGAGAGUGAAAAUGAAAAGGAAAAAAGAGAGAGAAAGAGUGCUGGUUGAUUGGAAGCAAAACCAAAGGAGUGCCCACAUUCCUUUUGGGAAUAUUGGUGGAUGGGACAGAAAGCUGAGGAACAGAAGGUUUGAACAGUUGAUGGCAAGUACAGUCACUUAUAUAUGAAUUGUAUUGUGUAUGUGAGAGACAUGAUUCGAAAGCUCAGUGAUGAGGAUGGAGUAGUAGAUUAGAUUGAUGAUAAAAAGGAGGAUUCAUCUUUUCAAAUUUCAAGUAGUGAUGGCCACAAUUAUCUGAACCCUCCAUAGCUUCUUCACUUUCCUCUCAUGUCUCAAAGAAAAGAGUGGAGUUCGGAGAUGAUCAUCAACAAUUUGAUCAAAGAAGACAAAAGCAUAUAAUAUAAUAUAAAUAGGGUUAAUUAAAGUUAUAUAUUAUAUUUUUUAUAGUAUAAUAUAAAGCUUGACUUUUCAUAUCAGUCAUCUUCUACUAAUCUAGGGAUGUGUGACAUAAGGGUGGGAAAAUGCAUGCUUUGGUUCCUCGGCUUUCUGUUUUUCUUUUAUUAUCCACCAACUUGUGUUCCUUGUUUUCAAUUUAUUAUUAAUUUCUUUCUUACAUUGCUAGUUAACUUGAUUACUGCUUAUUAUUAUUGUUUCAUAUAUACUAUUACAAGAAAAAUUGUUUAUUUUGUAUAUUCAUGUACGUGGACCUUCUUAAUUAUUGUUAUGAUUUUAGAUAACAAGGUUCCAGCAAAA